AUGACGGGACGGGUUCCUGAUCUCGAAGCCUUGUAAUCUCGUCUUUGCCAAUGACUCUCAUCGUCGCUUCCCGUGAAGCCUCUCUCUCUCUCUCUCUCUCUCUCUCUCCCACUCACCUUCAAGAAUUCCGAGACGGUGGGGCUGUUCCUCUCUCUGAUGUUCACUGCUGGCUGCGUUGCUGGCUGGGGUCACAGUGGUACAGUCCGGCAUCCGAUCGAGGUCAGAGCCUCAGCCAGUCUUCACCAUUAGCAUUUCAUCGGCAUGUCAGCAUGCGACCUCUGAGGGGGGCAUUUCUGUGCAGGCAGGCAUCAUUUCCGAUGGUGCACCCACAGCAGCGCUGGCAGACCUCAGGGCUCAAACCACCCCUUUCUAUCGCAGCUCGCUUUCCAUCGGCACCAUCACCACGGGCACCGCCCCUGGGUGGGUAUACACCUGCAGCGAGACGACUCCAACAUUUACAGAAAGCAAGUUCUACUUCAACGCAGACAUGAAUGCCGAAGCCACUGCCUACUACGUAGGAGGCAAUGCAACAUACUUGGCAGGAAUGGUCUCGCAAGUCAGCAAUGCAGGAAUCAAUGGCACCGCCUUUCCCACUCGUAAACUCUCGGCCAUCACGAACUCGACAUACGCAGCAAGUCAGAAUGGAUUUCUUGGGUACAGCUGCGUUGGCCAGCGGCAGCUCCUGUCCUUUACCUGGAUCAAUGGUCACUCGUUUGAGCAAUCUGCGCAAGGUCCUGCAGCACCUUUUAUCGGCCGGGACAAGGAUGCACUGGCUAAAGUCACUGCGGAGAAUAAUGCCAUUCUCAGCGUCGACAUGACCAAGUAUGGAUUGUUUGGCAGCACCGAUGUGGCUUUCCUAGCCUCUGCACGGACAAAGGAAGAGCUUGACUCGAGCGAUCAACAGAUCAACUUCAAUUACGUCUCCACACUCGCAACUCCAGGGCAGGGCGCAUGCACGGACAGAGAGAACAUCUUUGAUCAACAAAUUGCCGAGCCUGCCCCAGUGUAUCGCUACAUCUAUAUCAGGCUCUGGAGCGGUGCCGUGCUCGCUGUUCUGCCCUUGCUUCUCUGUGCCAUAUUGGGCUGGCCUAUGUCGGCAGAGCACACGACUCCUUUCAACUCUCUGCUCUUGCUUGCUGGCGGUGGAGUUCGCGGAGAUGACCUUGGCAGAAUUUGGAGCUCUUCGAAAAAGACCAAGGAGGAAUGCGACAAGUACGUCAUCCCGAAUCGUAGAGAAAUACGCGACGAGGACCAAGGCAAUGGACGAAUGUUCCUGGAGCUUAAACCUUGA